CUGUGUGCGGUAGUGGCCUGUGUAAGUGUGCACGGGGUGCUGAGGCGUUUGUAAUUGAACCCCUCGAUCCAGGAAGGAGAAGUUUCUGGCGCUUCGGUCCCAUCAUCGCUUCUCUCAGGGAAAUAGAAAGUAUUGUUAGCUUUUCUAUAGCAAUAAACUCGGACACGUUAUCAUCGGCACGCUUCUGGAGCUCACACACACACAGGCGCUAUGGCGUUAAAAAGAAUACAGAAGGAGCUUCAAGAUUUGCAAAGGGACCCUCCUGCACAGUGUUCAGCUGGACCUGUUGGAAACGACUUGUUUCACUGGCAGGCAACAAUAAUGGGACCUACUGAUAGUCCAUACCAAGGAGGGGUCUUCUUCCUUACUAUCCACUUUCCCACAGACUAUCCCUUCAAGCCUCCAAAGGUAGCAUUUACAACAAAGAUUUAUCACCCAAACAUAAACAGUAAUGGAAGUAUUUGCUUGGACAUCUUGAGGUCACAGUGGUCCCCAGCACUAACAGUUUCAAAAGUUCUGUUGUCCAUAUGCUCCUUGCUGUGUGACCCAAAUCCUGAUGACCCUUUAGUCCCAGACAUAGCACACCUCUACAAAUCAGACAAAGAAAAAUACAACAGACUAGCAAGAGAAUGGACCCAAAAGUAUGCAAUGUGAAGACUUGAUGGACAUUAAGUCACAGAUCACUGUCAAUUUUAGUAUCUUCAAGUACUUAGGUUUUAUUAUUGAAUACAUUGUAUUGAUGACAUUGACCAUCUUGCAAUGACUGAUAAGAAGAGCUGAAGUAGUAUUUCAGAGGGGAGUGUUUUCUUUGCACAAAACAAAAACGAAGCAGUUAUUCACUUUGUGCGUUUACUCCCCUCAUUUAGCCCCCUUCAGGCAGUGUCAGGCACUUUGCAUUUUCUCUCUCAUAUUCUGUAUCGGUUUUAAGAGUGGCAUGCCGUUGUACAGCUGCAGUAACCCCGGGAGAGGGAAAUUUAACAACCCAUGUUUCUCAUUUAAUCAGAUCCAUUUUAGAUUUUUUUUUGUUUUAAUUGUAUAGUUAAAAUACAACUUUUUUUUUAAAUUUUUCAUUAAAAUUUGCUUUAAAAUG